AUGACGACGAUCUUCCACAUCCCCUGCGACUCCCGCGUGGUCCGCACCACCGUGACCUCCGUGGCGGGGCUGGGCGUCCAGUGGGUGUCCGGGCUCCAGCUCUGCGUGGGGUCCCGGUGCCUGAUCUUCCAGCUCCACCACGCCGACCACUGCCCCGACGUCCUCCGCGGCUUCAUCCUCGACUCGCGCCACGCCCUCCAGGUGGGCUGGCUCGUGGACGCGCGGAUGGCGGCGCACCAGCGGGGCCACGAUGGGGCAGCUGGCGGAGGAGAUCUUGGGGAUUCAGGGAUGACCAAGGAUGAGGCGGUGGGGUGCAGCGACUGGGAGGAUGAGGAGCUCACGUGGGACCAGGUUCAGUAUGCUUGCCAUGAUGUUCUUCUUGCUUACUUGAUUGCCUUGGAGCUUCGCUUUUUCCCGGAAUAGCUACCAUACCAACACCAUCAUUCCUUUCCUUUUAAGUAUUUUGAAAGUAUUUCAUGAAAUAUGGUUGUUGAUACUUGAUAU